AUGGCGACGCAGCACGAAGUGGGACGCCGCCACCGCGGCAUGAUCGAGGACGAGGACGCAGCGAUCGGCAAGCUCGGCGAAGAGUUCGACGAUGCGGGCUGCUUGCUCAUCUCGGAGGUCGAGCUUGUAUUCUCGCAGCCCGAUGCGCUCGGCGAUGGCGCUGCGGGCCGCGACGACGUAGCCACGGCCGUAUUCUCCAAAACCAAAGACUACGUCUCCGAGUUCUCGCGCUACAAGGACCCCAACACCAUCCGUGAGAUUCGAGAACUGCUGCUCAAGCACGCAAAGCUUGACGACAAGCCGGUGGACGAGGAUGGCAACGAGAUCGACGCGCCCGAUACAGGGCUGCAGCUCACACAGUUCGAGAUGGCGCAACUCGCCAACCUGUGCAUCACCGAGGUCGACGAGGCCAAGGCGCUCAUCCCCACGCUCGCCACGCGCGACGAUGCGCUGCUCGACUCGCUGCUGCAGGAACUCGACAACAUCCGUCGCUUUUCCUAG